AUGGCAGCAAAAAGCAUGGUUUGUACUGGUGUGCGGCGGAGGAUAGGGAAUGGCAAGGAUACAAGAAUAUGGGAUCAUCCCUGGCUGCAGGAUGAGCAGGAUCCAAUGAUUCAAACAGAAAUGCCACCACAACUGGCUAAUGCACGAGUUUUUGGCUUAAUUGAUCAGGAUACUGAGACAUGGGAUACUUCCAUUUUAACAGAUAUUUUUGUGCCAGAAGAUGUACCCAGAAUAAUGAAAAUUCCCGUAUCACCAGAGUAUGAAGACAUGUGGUAUUGGCAUGAUGAUCCAAGAGGAUUAUAUUCUGUGAAAAGUGGAUAUAAGUGUAUUGUUGGUAGGUAUGAUAAUACGAUUACACCCUUUAAUAAAUGGCAAGUGCUAUGGAAGCUCAAAAUCCCCCCAAAAUGGAAAACCUUUCUAUGGAGAGCCUUGAGUGACAUUCUUCCCACUACUAUGAAUCUGCGAAACAAGAGAGUUGAUAUUGAGCCCAAUUGUGCUAUGUGUGGAAUGAUAAAUGAAGAUACCAUGCAUGCCCUGGUCACGUGUGACUAUGCCAAGGCAGUAUGGGGGCAAGCUAGCCUCCCAAUCCCUGUUGUCCAGACGAAUAUUUUUAAUGAAUGGUUUAAUAUAAUUUUGGAUAAUUUAAACACUGAUGGUCUGGUGUAUGCAGCUGCAAUCUUAUAUCAUAUUUGGAGAGCAAGAAACAAUGCCGUUUGGGACGCCUACAUGCCAAUGCCGAAAAAGACACUAAGGACGACCACCAUCACGAUGCAAGCAUGGUGCGCCGUGCACCGUGGAACCGAAUGCAAUGCCACACCGUCUCACACCAAUGCAGUCACGGCCACGCCUGCUGUACACCCGGUACCACUUCAUCCGCCGGGUCAACUCACUCGCAGGUGCUAUGUGGAUGCGAGUUAUCACCAUGCCACAAAUACGGCCUCGGUAGGUGCAGUUCUUUUGGAUGGAAACGGACAAUAUAUCUCUGCCUAUGUCUCUUCACUUCCAAGUUGUUUCUCGUCUCUUAUGGCGGAAGCAUUUACAUGCAAGGAAGCUCUGUCUUGGCUCAAGAAUCGUGGAGAGGAAAGCUUGGAACUACUCAUGGACUGUUUAACGGUUGAACAAUAUCUAACUACUUCAGCUCAUACCGAUCGAUCAUAUGUUGGCUACGCAAUAGAUGGUUGCAGGAAUUUAAUUAAUUCAUUACAUUCUUGUUUAGUUGUUUUUGUUCCUAGAUCAAAGAACUAUUUAGCACAUGCUUUAGCUAAUUCAGUUAUUAGUCAAACUUCAGCUAUGUACUGGGAUACGAACCCAUCAGCACAAAUCUCGCAUUACUUUGAAUAA